CUGGUCAUCUUCGUGAGGAUAUUUCACUGCAACAACCAAGCCGAGAUGAACGUACCUCUGCCGGCGCUGCUUUGUCUGGCAGUGGCUGGGCUGUGCGCGGCAGAUGAGGCUGUGGAGGAAGUCAUGGUAGCGAGUGAGUGAAGCUUCGCAGUGCAUGGAAACUAUGACAUGCAACCAUUUGGGAUUGGCUGCAGAGAUGAUCAGAGACAGUUGAUUUAAAGAGGAUCCAUUUGAGUGAAGAAAUGACUUCUUUUCGUGCUCUUCACGGUGGACGCAGACAUUCUGUCGCGAUGCCAAAAUGUCGUGUAAAGAAAUGAAUGGAAAAGUGCCUCUAUUGGGCGGCUGGUUUGAGAGGAGUCCAGAAUCGCAGGAGGUGCAGGCUGCAGCUCAGCACGCUGUCGACACGUUCAACACGCACUCAAAGGCCAAGAGGUUGUUCAAGCUGGCAUCCAUCACGUCCGCGCAGACUCAAGUGACCAACAGCCUCAACUACAGGAUCAAUGCAGUCCUGGGAAAAACCAAGUGUCUCAAGGCUGAAAAUCAUGACCCGAACAGCUGCAAUCUGGAGAAAAAGCAUCUCAAGUGCCACUUUGAGGUGAUGUUCAACCCCCGCAGCAACAAACAUGAGAUGCAGAGUCACAAGUGCAAGAGGACUGUGCCAAAAGUUUAAGACAAAGCUUGAGUUUUUGCUUUUUGAGAACACUUUGUUACAUUUGGUACAAUAUUGAAGUGAAUUGUUUGCAAAAAAAUGCUGCUUGAUAUUAAAUACACUUCAAAGCAUCAAGUGAAG